AGUGUCUGGAAUAAAAAAUUUAAGUAUUAAAUAUAAAAUGACUUAAUUAUUUGAAAAUUGUGCACGUGAACGAGGAAACGUAUAAUUGUAUCAUUGCUUUCUCGUCUCCGUGUAACUCGCGAUUUCUCUCUUGGUUUUAAUAAAUAAAUAUAUAUCUAUGUAUUUAUUUUUUGUUUGUUUGGUGGCUUAUAACUAUAGUAAACUUGCGUGUCCCAUCGUUCCACUUAACAUUACUUUUCUUUAACAUUUAUUUUUAUAGUUAUAAUUAUAAAUAAAUUUAACCGGCUAGACGUGGAAAUAUGAUUAGCACUUGCGUCUCGAUUUAUGAUAAAUCACACGGACUUUUAAUCAGUGCUAAGUGAUUAAUGUGCAGUGAUUAAAUUUAAGUACAUAAUAAGUUUUUAUACAUUAUUAUAAACAGUUUGAAAACACAAGUAAAUAAAUAAAUAAGUAUUAAAUUGAGUGGAGAACGAGGAGCGUUGAUGUUAAGAUGAUACAUUUAGCAGGAUAGCGCCGAUACGAUAUAAAGUGAGACGUAGAGCCAUGGGUACUCCAGAGGAUUCGCAGGACAAUUUAUCACCUUGUAGUCACCAUGAAAACCACAGUAACGAGUUAGCUAGCCGGAAGUUACGAUGCGGUGUACCUCAGUAUAAAUUCACAAUCACCAGUAUAAGAUGUAUACUGCUGCUGAUUAUACUAUCAACCGCGUCGUUAGUUCAUACUUAUGUACCGGAAAAAUAUCCAAUUGAGGUUUACCACAUGCUGCAAGAGAGAACGCAGUAUGGAUUCGGUAAAGACAAUCGUGUGAGAGGAAGCUGGGGUACAUGGAGCUCUUGGAGCGAGUGCUCGAGGUCUUGUGGUACUGGUGUCCAGUCUCAAGCAAGGCAAUGUGUUCUUCGAAAUAGCGUAAGAAAAAGAAGUAUUAUAAGUCAAGUGAAUAGUACUAGUCUAAAGCCGGUGUGCAUCGGUACUUAUAAGCGAUAUCACAUUUGCAAUACUCAGGAUUGUCCUGAAUUUUCAGAAGAUUUUCGUGCCGAACAGUGUGCGAAAUUCAAUGAUCGAGUUUAUAAAGGAGAAAAGCAUGCUUGGGUGCCAUUUUUAAAUGCUCCGAAUCCUUGUGCAUUAAAUUGCCGAGCUGUAGGUCAACGGUUUUACGCGACCCUGGAGCCUGAGGUAAUCGAUGGUACACCGUGCGAUGGUCCGAACUUACGAGGAAAGAGUAUGGGACUUGCAGUAGACCGGACAACUGAACAAUGGGUUUGCGUCGCUGGACAAUGCAGGUCAGUGGGAUGCGAUGGAGUUGUUGGUUCCGGUGCUGUCAGGGAUACCUGCGGGGUCUGUGGAGGCCAAGGAAGAGGAUGCAAAUUGUUUGAAGGGAUUUUUAUGGAGCCUAUUCUUCCCAAGGGUCAUCAGCCAGUCACUACUAUUCCACGGGGUGCCAUGUCGCUUAAUAUUUCCGAACUGCGUCAUAGUAGUAAUUUUUUAGCGCUUAAAACCGAAAAUGGAACGUAUAUUUUAAACGGUCCAUGGUCGUUGAGCCCCAGUGGAAUUUACAAGACUGCAGGAAGUAUUGUUACUUAUCAGCGGGGAGAUAGGAACCGGAUGGAGAGCAUAACAGCCACUGGACCACUUAAUGAAUCUCUUAAUUUAGAAAUAUGGUAUCACGAAAUGAAUCCAGGGGUACUCUAUAAAUAUAUGCUACCAGCGCCAGAGAAUUUUAACGAUAAUGCGAUUAUUGCGCCGCCGUUAUACGCCAACGAGAUACCCGAAUCUUAUCCACGAGUUGAAGUAUCCUUGAGACGACCGGAGGUCAAUUUAUCAAGAAAUCAAGUGAGAGAAGAAACACAAAAAAUAAAGAAAGAUGAAGUGAAAUUCUCACCAACGACUGUGAUGGCUGGUGAUGCACCGAAUAUUAAUGUUGUUAGCCAAUCGGAGAUUAAGCCGAAGAAGAAGAAAAGAAAAUUUGCUUGGAAAGUGAUGGGUCUUUCGUCUUGCUCCAAGACCUGCGGCGGAGGGGUUCAGAGUACAAUUAUAAAAUGCGUGAGAGAAGAUAAAGACAACGUGGUACCGGAUCGCAGAUGUAGAAAGUUCGAAAAGCCUCCGGCACCGCCGCCGCUCCAGUGUAAUGAUCGACCGUGUCCCCCGCGAUGGAGAGCAGACGCGUGGUCCAAGUGCUCAACGAGUUGCGGCACGGGAGUGAAAACUCGACGACUUGAGUGCAUUCAGGACUUGAAUUCCAAGAUAACUAUGCGUGUAGCCGCAGGCGCGUGCUCACAGCCACCGGAUUUGAGCACCGUUGGUUCGUGCGAGGGACCCCCGUGUCCGAAUAAUCAGAUCCCGCAAGUUCGACAAAUGGAGACUUUAGACGUGUCAGCGGGUAUCCCGGGCAGGUGGGAAGUCGGUCCCUGGGGUCCGUGCUCUUCAAAGUGCGGCAAAGGUUCCAUGAACAGGACAGUUGUCUGUAUAACUAGCGGAGAGCCUUGUCCAGUGUCAGCUCGGCCAAUUGAUGAGAGAGCCUGCGAGGCAUCUUGUGAAACUCACCCACAGCACGAGUCCAUGUGGCUCUACACCGAGUGGACUUCGAAGUGUCCGGCAGAAUGUGAGCGUGAGAUGGAGACGAGGCGUAUUGCUUGCGGCGGUGCAAACGAAUUAUUUUGCGAUUCCACGAAGAGACCGGCGACAGAGAGGCGGUGCUCGUUCAAUGAAACUAGGAGUUGUGGUGCCCGUUGGUUCACUGGACCGUGGUCUUUGUGUUCCGUGGCCUGUGGAGAAGGUAUUGCCCGUCGAGAGGUGAUUUGCAUUGGCAACUCGUCCGGUGAAUCAAAGAUACUCACCGAAAGUAAUUGCAGCUCAACGAGGCCGCCAGCCGAGCAAGUUUGCCGCAUGCCUCAGUGCCCACCCGAGUGGUUUACGUCCGAUUGGAGCAUGUGUACGGUUUCCUGUGGUGGUGGCACGCAAGAGCGCGUCGUCAGGUGCUUGGACCAAGGCUUGAGUUCAUCUUGCGACACUAAAAUAAAGCCCGAGGACCGAAGACCUUGCAACGUUGAUCCUUGCAAAGACGUUUCCCUUGCGCAUAAAACUCCAAAAAAAGUACAUCUUGCUAACGAGUGUGUUGAUAAGUAUCCUAACUGCAUGUUGGUAGUUAAAGCUGGUCUCUGCCGCUAUAAGUACUACAAGCACUCUUGUUGUGGCUGUCGCAAUUAGUUUCCACAGUACUGGUUUCAGCAGAGUGUUAAUCUUCAUUGAGGAUGGACGUUUUUAUUUAUUUAAAAACUCUCAAGCCGGUAUCGCGAAUCGAUUAACAUCGACCGCUAAGUAUACAGAAGUAUUCUCUCGUUUUUGUUUUAUUUUAUUAUCUUUUUCACUUUGAAAGUGAUGCUUAUGUUAUUAUUAUUAGUACAACAACGAUAACAAUAACAA